CGCUCUCUCUAUUUGUUCUCCGCAACAGGACCGCCACUGCUUAUCGCUCCGACGGGUGUUUCUCCGAGAUUUAAUACUAUGGCGGAAGAGGAGCCGAAGCCGUUGAAUUACAUACCAGAGGUGAUAUUGAAGAAGAGGAAAAACAAUGAGGAGUGGGCGAUUAGGAGAAAGCAGCAGUUGGAGCAGAGAGUUAAGAAGCUCAAGUCGGAUAAUUUCGUUAUUAAGAAGCCUGAACAGUUCAUCCGAGAAUAUCGCGACAGGGAGAUGGACCUUGUCCAAAUGAAAAACAGGAAGAAGCAACUUAUACGGAGUGGCGUGAUACCCGACUCCAAGCUUCUAUUUGUCGUACGCAUAGGAGGAAAGAAUGAUAUGCAUCCAAACACACGGAAGGUUUUGUAUUCCUUGAGACUGAGGAGAGUGUUUAAUGGUGUCUUUCUCAAGGCGAAUGGAAGGAUAAUGGAGAUUUUGAAGAAAGUGGAGCCUUACAUCACUUAUGGGUAUCCUAAUCUGAAGAGUGUGAAGGAUUUGAUAUACAAGAAAGGCGUGGCAAAAUUUGAAAAACAGAGGGUUCCUUUAACUGACAACAACAUUGUUGAACAGGCAUUGGGCCAGUUUAACAUAAUAUGCUUAGAAGAUAUUGUAAAUGAGAUCACAAAUGUCGGCCCACACUUUCAGGAGGUCUCUAGUUUUCUUUGCCCUUUUACACUCAACAAGCCUGUAAAGGCAUUGCAGGGCAAGAGGAGACGAUACAAGGACGGUGGGGAUUCUGGAAAUCGUGAGGAUGACAUCAAUGAGCUGCUUCGCAAGAUGAAUUAACACGUUGAUGGAGUUCCUUAUCUAGAUAUUAAGUCAACGGGCUGAUGUACUUUUUUUUUUUUUUGGGAAUUAACCAGCUGAAGUACAUUAAAAGCUUUGGAGCAUGUAGCUGUAAUUCUUUGUUCCGUUAAUUAAGGAGAUACGCAGUAAUAUAAGGAUUUUGUCUUUAAUGCAGUUA